GCACGUUUCUCUAUUAUAUUAUCGUUUGAUACUUUUAUAUCAAAAAGUUAAAUAAAAAAUAACAAGAAUGACACUGAAAUAAAGGAAAUAAAUGUCAUGGAAUACCCGUCUGGAUUUUACGGAAUAUUGAUACAGAUCUCAUUUUUGUAAACGGCGAAUGAAGCCGCAGUUCCACGGUUACAGUCAGUCUUAUAUUCCUGAUUUGUCUCCGAUUGGCCACUCGCUUUAACCAGGAAGUAUUAAGUUCAAUAAGAUCAAUACAAAAACGUUUCAAACACCAUUGACUAGAUACAAGCGGUACGCGGAAGUCAACGUAAUUAGUAGAUUAUGACAUAUCAUGGGAACGGUGCCGAGUGGUAUUUUUUUGUUUACUGAUAUCAUCGUUUAGUUUUUUUUAUCUCUUUUAAAACAGUGUUGCGGUUUCAUACUACAGUAAAUUUCCCAGGGAAAUUCAAUAAAUAACAAAACCAGAAGGGGGAAGUACAAUUGAUAAAUUAUUGUAGAGAAAUAAACUAGAAGAAGAGGAAGUACAGUUUAUAAUUUAUUGUAAAAAACUAGACUUAGAUGUUAUAAGGAAAGGGUGAAGAGUGUUUCGUUCAUAGUGAUGUCCGCACAGCUAGAAUAUCAGUAACUGAUUAAAGGACGAAGGCGACAGUCAAAUUGAGGGGUGCUAAUGGAAAAUAGUAAUUUUCUUAUAAGAAUAACGACAAAAAUAACUCGGAGUGAUCAACUUGUAGGUAUCGGCAUGUUCCUCUGGAUUCAUGGACUUAAGCUAUGAGUCGGCCAUACAGCGACAUUAUGACUGUAUCAGUAACGGUUAAUGUCUGUGUGUUCCUCUUCAACGUUGUGCCGAGGCUGCGUACACAGGUACUGGCCACCCCUGCGUUGAGAAAAUACAAAACUAUUAUUACAGUUUGUGGACAUUACGCUGAGACACCUCUAGAUCUGGCCAGAAUAUUAACCAAUCAACUAUUACUAUGGAUACUCGUAUUAUGCAGUCUUCUCGCCAUUUGUGCCAGUGAUGUCAUUAGGUACCCAUUUCAUUCCGAAGUUUCGAGCAACUGGCAGACGAUAUUCGUUGAAACUUUAUUCGCGGUGAAUAUAGGCAGGUACAUGUUCAUCGUAACAGAAAAAUUCCUAUUUAAAAGAACGACAAGCAAGGUACAGUUCAGAGCAGAUAUUGUACACCACUUUGUGACAGUUUUGUGUUAUAUUCUAUUUUUAGCAUAUGGACAGAACUUGUUGCUAGGGCUCGUGGGUAUUUUAAUUGAAUCUACCUCAAUAUUCGAUGAAAUUGGACGUUUCUGUAAAGACCGAGAGAGGCGUCAUACCCUAUUUUACAAAAGAUUAGUGGUAGUGAACUGCGUUGGGGUAAUUUGCUUUCGUGGUGUUAUUCCAACGGUCUUUCUUGUAAUAGCCAUGUUUCAACAAAGUCCAUUUACAAUGCAUUAUGCUCCGCUUAUGUUAUUUUUUCUCAGUAUAAUAUUUUUUUCUGUAAUUAACGUUUGGCAGAUACUGUCAAGUAUUCAACGAUUAAUGAAACGUAUCUAUGAAAAAUCUCAUGAAUUGCCAACGACUGAACCGGAUGUGGGUCAAAGUCAAGGAACGCUUGUAAGACAUACCACACGUCGACCAAGCCGCAUAAAACUCGCAAAAAAUAAUCUAGGCUACCUUCGUCCGUAUGAAAACAAAAAUAUUGCAAGUUAUUCAGAUGAAAAAUACAACUUAAACAAUCGUAAAGAAUUUGCCAAAGAAACUGUAUGCUUACAUGUUAAUCCAGAAAUGUUUUUCACAACAAAUAAAUUGAAAGGAUUCAGUACGAAUUUAGAUGGAACUAACAUAGUUUUAGAGGACCAAACAUUACAGACAGAAACAGGUGAAACUGGGAAUUUGGAACAUCUAAAUAGGGCCCCUACCGUUCUGUUUUAUUCCGGACGAAGACCAUUACGUGAAAGCAGCAGCACCAAUGACUCGUCACAGUCUGACACGGUGCUUAUAUCCUUAAGUGAGAGAAACAGUGGUAACAGUGCAGUUCAUACCUCGUUGAACAAUGUUCACGAGAGACUACAGAGCGAUGACUUAGAUACUUUAGCACUCGAACCAAGAUUAAAUGCAGUAAGAAGUAAUUCUACGGGUAAUAUUGUUGAUUCAUGUGGAGCUAUAACGGCUACAAACCCUGUCUGAUGUUUUUGGCCUUCAGCGCUACAAAUAACAGAUAGUGCUGGAAUAGAGAAAGAUGAACGGGUAGAAAUGAAGAAUGAUCAUGCAGAAUUUUAUGAAACAGUAGCCUGGGGUUUGAUCAGGUUGUAUAAAUAAAUAAUGUUGUGUAAUGCGAUAUUAACAGGUGCUAGUUAAUUCUUUUCAUAGAUUGAUUUAAAUAUAAACUUUAUUGAACACCGGGGUUGGAGUAAUUUUAUUUGGAAAUGAAAUUAACUCACUCCAAGUGACCAUUCAUCAGAUGUUAACAUUGCAAUUACUUAGGGCUUUCAAUAAAAACGCUUUCACUUUUAUAUGUUUAUGUCAAUGGGCAUUUACGUGUUACAUGUAAACUAUUGCAAAGAACACUUGAAGAAUAGUACCACCAUAUCUCUAGUUGGUAUUAUUAAUGAUCUAGUCUGGAUAGUCGUUAUGUGCCUAAAAUCCUGUUUUUAGACUCCAGUGUAGACCAUUUAUAGCUUAUUGUUAGGCAAAUGAUAGUUUCAAGUGUUAAGUAUUUAUAUUGCUUAAUGUUUGAUUACUCUUAUCUAGAAGGAAGUGUCAACAAAUUGUCAAUCAUCAAAUGACAUUUGUCCU